GUGGAAGAGUUACCAUGGAAACCAGGACGGUGAUGAAGCGCGAGCAGGAGGAGCAGUCGUCCCAGAUGUCUCACAGCAUGCAGCUGUCCUCCCAGAUCAAGAAGAGGACCUUCACUUCCAGUGAUGAGGAAGCCUCCUACUCUGGUUUCUAUCCCAUCAUCCCCGCUGACAUCAUGUCUGUCAAGGAGAUCUUGGACAUGGACAACUUCCCCCGCCACAGGACAUGGGAUGUCUUGAAGGAAACUCUUGCUGCUGAUGAAGAGUAUCACAGAGAGAAGUGGACCCUGUUUGGGAACGAGGCUGAGAAGUUUGAACUGGGCGUGAUCAGGAGCCAGCGCGUGCUACGUAAACGUGUGGACACCAAGGCACUUCGCAGGCAGGCAGAAAUGAAGGCAUCUGCCCACAUGAAGUAUAUGGAGCGUCUGAGCCAGAAGGCCCCAGACUUUCCUAUCCCUCUGAGGGCUCACACCGUCUGGGAGGGCAUGACGGUCAAACUCGCUUGUACCGUCCAGGGCUGUCCGCCUCCAGAGGUCAAAUGGUAUAAGGACGGUCUGCCUCUAAGGAUGUCUGACCAAGCAUGGAAUUACAGUCUUCAACAGAAAUUUGGUCUGAACAUACUGGAGAUUAGAAGAUGCUCUCCUGAGGAUGCUGGCGAGUAUAAAGUGGUUGCCAAGAGUCCCCUGGGUGAAGCUAUGACCUUUGGAACUCUUGUGGUCAAUUCAUAUCAUGGAGCCGUAGCUGGUUCAGGGCACUCACAGACCCGCGCUAUGCAGCUUGAGCAAGAAGUCCACUUUGGCAACACUUUCCCCCCGACCUGGGUGAAGGAGGGUGACAGCCUCACCCUGCGGUGUAACUUCACCUCCACUCUGCCCUCCCAGCAGGUUGUCAGCUGGUUCAGAGAUGGCGUCCAGCUGCAUCAGUCUGACUCUGUGGUCAUUAAGACAGUCGAUGACAAGGCCUGGAUGACUUUAAGGGCUGCAUACAAGGAGCAUGAGGGUGUUUACAGUGCCCGACUGAGGACCAGUGAUGGAAUCCAGGAACACAGUGCUUUUGUCUAUGUCAGAGAUGCAUCGGCUGCAGUGCUGGGAGGCCCUGCGUCUCCUCUGGCUGUCCAGGUAUCUGACGUCAACAAGGACUAUGUGUUCCUUACCUGGCAGCCACCCAGCGCUGAUGGAUCCUCACCUGUGCAGGGAUAUUAUGUAGAGAGGUGUGAGGUCGGUAAGGGUGAAUGGAUGCGCUGCAAUAAGCACAUUCAGAAAAUGUGCUACUACCCAGUUUUUGGACUAAAAGAAGGAAGUCGGUACCAGUUCAGGGUUCGGGCUGUAAACCAGGCUGGAGCAGGACGCCCCUCCAUGGCGACUGAUCCUGUCCUCACCACAGACCCCUUGCAGCACACCAGGACAAUGGAGGUCACGGUAGACAGAGGGAGGAAGAUCACCAUUACAAAAGAUGAACUUGAAGGUCAGGUCAGAGCUCCUCUACCUCCCACAGAUGUCCACGCCUGCGAGGUGAGCAACACCUACGUGGUGCUGAGCUGGACCGAGCCUGAACCCAGAGGCAGAGAACCGCUCACCUUCUAUGUGGAGCGGUCCCUGGAAGGGAAGAGCAGCUGGGAGCUGGCCAGUCUGGACACAGUGGUAAACUCUCCAAGGUUCCCGGUGUUUGACCUGAUCAAGGGCAAGCGAUACUGCUUCAGAGUCCGCUCCAUCAACAAGUACGGAGUCAGUGACCCCUCUGAGCCGACUCAACCCAUCUCCUUGGGCAAGCCACAAGCUGUGCCAGCUCCGCCUCACUCUGUCCUGGCCUUCAGAGACACAGACACCUCAGUGCUGCUCCAGUGGCAGGAACCAAAGGCUAAAGACGACAUCCUGGGCUACUACCUGUACUACAGUGAAACUGGCAAAAAAGAAUGGCAGACUGUCAACAACAAGCCUAUUAGCCAAAACAGAUUUACCGUCCAUGGCCUCAAAACCAGAAGGGAGUACGUGUUCAUGGUGAAGGCCGUGAGCCGAGCAGGAAACAGCAACUAUUCAGACGAGUCUCAACCCAUCCUCGUCAAAUCAGCCAUUCAUGUUCCCUCUGCUCCCUCUGCCAUCACCCUGCUGCUGUGCACUGGCUCAGAGAUGGUGCUGGGCUGGAGGGCCCCUGCAUCUAACGGGGGAGACCCUGUACGUGGAUACUACCUGGACCAGAGAGAUAAGGGCAUGAAAACAUGGCGAGAGGUCAACGUUAAGCCGGCCAAAGAGAGGCAGUAUAAGGUUUGCAACCUGACCAGUGGACGCUUCUACCAGUUCCGUGUGUUAGCUGGCAAUAUGGCCGGUGUCGGGAAGCCCUCUGAGGCCAGUGAGGAGUUCCUGUGUGAGAAAUGGACGAUGCCCGAGCCAGCGUGUCCGUAUGACGUAGAGGUCAGGGAGGUGAGAAACGACUCACUCGUGCUGCUGUGGGCGGCUCCGUUGUACGAAGGAAGAAGCCCGGUCACUGGCUAUUUGCUGGAAAUGAGCCAGGGCGACCAAUCAGACGACUGGACUGCUGUAACUGAAAAGCCCAUUUCUGACACACAUUACAAGGUGUCAGGUCUUCAGGCGGGUCAGACUUACCGCCUGCGUGUGUCAGCUGUCAAUGAGGCUGGAGUGAGCUGUGCCUCCCUGCCCACUGAGCCCGUCACAGCUGAGACCAGACCAGGCACCAAAAACAUUGAGGUUGGAGUGGACGACGAUGGUUUCAUAUUUCUGGGAUACGAGGCUGAUGAGAUGAACGAUGAGAGCAAGUUCCUCUGGGGCAAAAAUUACACAGCCGUUGACGCUGGAAGAGUUCGGGCAGAAACCAAGAAGAAUAGGUCUCUGCUGACCUUCACAGACCCCUCUGAGGAGGAUCUGGGUCUCUACACGGUUGAGAUGAGCGACAACCCGAACCUGUCGUCCAGCUACGACUUCACUGCUGAAGACCUUGAAAGACUCAAAGAACUCAGCUGGGAAGUCAGAAACCCGUUGAUAGCUCUGAAGUCCGGCUGGCAGGUGGAGGUUUCAGAGAAAGGUGACGUACGUCUUUGGCUGCAGACUGAGAGUCUGAGUGACAACGCUGAGCUCCGUCUCAUCUUCAAUGACCAAGAAAUCUCCAGUACCCCGCGCCGUAAGAUCAACUUCGACAAGUCCAAAGGUCUGGUGGAGAUCCUGUUUGAUCGGCUCUCUACGGAGGACCAGGGCUCGUACACGGCCCAGCUGAGGGACGGCCGCGCCAAGAACCAGUUCACUUUGGUCUUUGUGGAUCAAAAGUUUCGUCAGACGCUGGCCCUGGCGGAUAAAAACAGACGCGACCAACAGAAAAGUCUGGUGAGCAGACCUUAUUUCGAGGAAUUGUUGUCGUGGAGUGUGAACGAGGACUGUGAACUCAUCAUAAAGUGCAAGGUGACAAACACAAACAAGGACACGACUCUGAAGUGGUUUAAAGAAAGUGCGGCGCUGACCCAAGUUGUGUAUGACCAUGCAUCAGGAGUCUGCACACUCAGCGUCCCACAGGUCACAAAGAAAGAGGCGGGUUCUUACAGAGCUGUGGUGUCAGAUGGACGAGGAGAGGACGUCAGCACCUUAGAGUUACUCCAUGACGAGUACGACAAGCUCCUGCAGCAGCUGGGUAAACAGUGUGCAUUGUCGGCCAGCCCGCUCAGGAUUCAGAGCACCUCUGAAGGAGUUAUGAUCUACUGCUCACUCAAAUACUAUAUAAGCUACAUGAAGAACAGCUGGUACUACGGGGAGAGGAGGAUCGACCAGGAAGCCAGGAUGAAGACUGGAAGCAGUAUGGAUAAAGUCUGGAUUGAAAUCUGUAACCCAACUGAGAACGAUAAAGGCAAAUACACCCUGGAGAUGUUUGAUGGCGAACAGACACACAAACGAUACCUUGACCUCUCUGCACAAGCCCUUGCUGAUGCCUUGCUAGAGUACCAGAGGUUGAAGCAGGAGGCUAUUGCUGAGAAAAACCGGGCCAAGGUGACAAAAGGUCUUCCUGAUGUGGUAGCCAUUAUGGAGGGAAAGUCUCUGUGUCUGACCUGCUUCAUCGACGGUGCACCUUCUCCAGAGAUCUCCUGGCUAAGAAACGACAAAGAGAUUGUUGAUGAGACCCAGUUUACCAUCACCAAGGAGCCAAAAUGCAGCACCAUCACUAUCCACAACGUCAACAUGGCCGAUUCUGGAAAAUACAGCAUCUUUGUGCGCAACAAGUGUGGAUCUGAAACUGUUGAUGUGACAGUGAGUGUUUACAAGCUCGGGGAUAAGCCUCCAGCAAACGCUGUGGACAUGGGUUACAACUGAACAAGAAGUUAGAAAGACAUGUAGUGCACGGUUUGAUGGUUUUACUGUAAACCUGCACAGAUAGAUAGAAGAGAAGAUGGUUUGAUGGUAGAUAGUGCUUCCUUUAGUAAUAAUAACAGUCGUUUUUUGGGUUUGCAAAAGUAAAUGGCGCCCUCUUUUGGUAUAAAAUGGUAUUAUAUGUGACCGCUGGUAAAAGUGUAAACAAAACAGAUUGUUAGUUCAUACAUUUCUAAUCGGUUUAAUACUGAACAAUGAUUACUUGAUUCAUGAUUAAUCAUUAACAUCCCUAUAUGUUACAAUACACUACAUUUUCCCCUUGGGACUUAAAGUGCUGCCAAACAUUCAACUGACUCCACUCAAAUCAAUAAAUAAAAACAAUAGAAAAACAGAUCCAUGUGUAAACAGAAAGGUACAUACCAAUGCAAAACAACACAACAUAUAUUAGACAUUACCCAUAUUGUACAAGAGCUACAAAAACAGCAUGAGAGAUAAGAAAGGUAAGAGAAUAUCAAAACAUAGGAACACACAUGACGCUAUAUAGGCAUAAAUGUACAGUAAAGUGUGGAAAAUACUGUAAAAUUAAAAAACAGUCAUGUCAAAAACCAA